UAGAAUUGCAAAGUUGAAACGACCGGCCGUUUUGUCCUCCGACUCGAUACUAUUUCUCUCUUGCUGGUGGUUAGUAGCUAAGCGUGUUGUGAUGCACUGAUGCUGGCAGGACCAAGACCCAUCAGUCUUCACUGAUCUCCAUUUCUAGGGUUUUUGUCUUAACUAUGAUCUCUCCCCACUGAAAUGAUGUCUCAGAUGACAGCUCUCCGUUUUCUGCUUGUGCUCCUUUUUCUUGGUUCCCAAACAGUCCUUUCCUGGAAAAAAGAUGAGUUCCGAAAUUGCAACCAAACUCCCUUCUGCAAACGCGCCCGCUCCCACAAGCCUGGCUCGUGUUCAUUGGUCGCCCAUGACGUUGGCAUCUCCGAUGGUGACCUGAUCGCGAAGCUUCUACCGGAAUCAUCAGAUCAAGGCGAGGAAGAUAAAAUAAAGCCUUUGAUUAUGUGUCUGUCAAUUUACCAAGAUGGCAUCAUGCGUCUCAAAAUCGACGAGGACCUCUCAAUGGACCCACCCAAAAGGCGCUUCCAAGUCCCAGACGUAAUUUUACCGGAAUUCGAGAAAAAUAAGCUGUGGCUGCAGAGGCUUUCCACGGAAACAAUUGACGGCGAUGCUAGUCCCUCGUCCGUCGUCUACUUAUCAGACGGCUAUGAGGCUGUUCUUCGCCAUAGUCCAUUCGAGGUAUAUGUCCGUGAGAAGAAAUCGAAUCAUCAUCGCGUGGUUUCUUUUAAUUCUCAUCAAUUGUUCGAUUUUGAACAACUCAAGCCUAAAAAGGAAGGGGAUGAUUGGGAGGAAAGAUUUAGGGGUCAUACAGACAGGAGACCAUACGGUCCUCAAUCCAUUAGUUUUGAUGUGUCGUUUUACGGCGCUGAUUUUUUGUCUGGGAUACCAGAGCACGCCACCAGUCUCGCCUUGAGACCUACCAGAGGUCCCGGAGUCGAAUUUUCUGAGCCUUACAGAUUGUUUAAUUUGGAUGUUUUUGAGUACUUACAUGAGUCUCCCUUUGGCCUCUAUGGCUCAAUCCCUUUCAUGAUUGCCCACGGUAAGACUGGAAAAUCCUCUGGAUUUUUCUGGUUGAAUGCUGCAGAAAUGCAGAUUGAUGUUUUAGGAGAUGGAUGGGACGCUGAGUCUGGGAUUUCGCUGCCUUCUGGGCAGAGCAGAAUCGAUACAUUUUGGAUGAGUGAAGCAGGAAUUGUUGAUACCUUCUUCUUUGUCGGUCAAGGUCCCAAAGAUGUUGUUAGCCAAUACACUACUGUUACUGGAAAGCCUUCAAUGCCACAGUUUUUUGCGACUGCUUAUCACCAGUGCAGGUGGAAUUACAGGGAUGAAGAGGAUGUUGAGAAUGUGGAUUCAAAAUUUGAUGAAUAUGAUAUUCCUUAUGAUGUUUUAUGGCUGGAUAUUGAACACACAGAUGGUAAAAGGUACUUCACAUGGGAUUCUGUCUUGUUUCCGCAUCCAGAGGAUAUGCAAAGGAAGUUGGCUUCAAAGGGGAGACACAUGGUGACUAUUGUGGACCCUCAUGUUAAACGAGAUGAUUCCUUCCAGCUGCAUAAACAGGCUACAGAGAAGGGGUACUAUGUGAAGGAUGCUAGUGGAAAUGAUUAUGAUGGUUGGUGCUGGCCUGGUUCAUCUUCCUACUUGGAUAUGUUGAAUCCAGAGAUAAGAUCGUGGUGGGCUGACAGGUUCUCCUAUAGCAAUUACGUUGGUUCCACGGCUUCAUUGUAUAUUUGGAACGAUAUGAAUGAGCCUUCGGUGUUCAAUGGCCCAGAGGUGACAAUGCCAAGAGAUGCAUUGCAUUUUGGUGGUAUGGAACAUAGGGAGUUGCAUAAUUCCUAUGGUUACUACUUUCACAUGGCAACAUCUGAUGGUCUACUAAGGCGUGGAGAUGGGAAGGACAGGCCCUUUGUUUUGUCCAGAGCAUUUUUUGCUGGAAGUCAAAGGUAUGGAGCUGUUUGGACUGGAGAUAAUACAGCAGAUUGGGAUCACUUGAGGGUUUCAGUUCCAAUGAUUUUGACUCUUGGUCUGACCGGGAUGUCAUUCUCUGGUGCGGAUGUUGGUGGUUUCUUUGGGAAUCCAGAGCCUGAGUUACUAGUUCGUUGGUAUCAACUUGGUGCUUACUAUCCAUUCUUUCGAGCUCAUGCACAUCAGGACACUAAAAGAAGAGAACCUUGGCUAUUUGGGGAACGAAAUACAGAGCUUAUCAGAGAGGCCAUACAUAUUCGUUACAUGUUGCUUCCAUAUUUCUACUCAUUAUUCAGAGAAGCAAAUGUUAGUGGUAUUCCUGUUGUGCGUCCUUUGUGGAUGGAGUUCCCUGCUGAUGAAGCCACUUUUAACAAUGAUGAAGCUUUCAUGGUGGGAAGCAGUCUUCUGGUGCAAGGGAUCUAUACCGAGCGAGCUAAACAUGCAUCGGUCUACUUGCCUGGGAAAGAAUCUUGGUAUGAUUUUAGAACUGGAACUCCAUUUAAGGGAGGCAAAACCCACAAGCUGGAGGUUUCAGAGGAGAGUAUCCCUGCUUUCCAAAGGGCUGGAACUAUCAUACCAAGGAAAGACCGGUAUCGUCGAAGCUCCACACAGAUGGUGGAUGAUCCUUACACACUGGUGAUAGCUCUAAAUAGUUCUCAAGAAGCCGAAGGUGAGCUCUAUAUUGAUGAUGGCAAAAGUUUCGAAUUUACACAAGGGGCCUACAUGCAUCGCCGUUUUGUUUUCUCAGAUGGGGCACUUACCUCCUCAAACUUGAACAAUGGCAAAUCUCAGUCUUCCUCAAACUGUGUCGUUGAAAGAAUCAUACUGCUAGGAUGCUCUCCUGGUCCGAAGAGUGCAUUAAUUGAACCAUCAAAUCAAAAGGUCGAAAUUGAACUUGGUCCACUUAGUUUUCGAGGUGGUGCUCGCGGAGCUUCUAUAGUAACUGUACGCAAACCUAUGGUCCGAAUUGCAGAUGAUUGGACAAUUAAAAUUUUUUAAGAAGCGUUCAGGGUCUUAAAAUUUUCCCAGUUACUUUUAUAUUCAUAAAUUCAGGGUUCAUAUGGAUGCGCUUGGAACUUGCUUUCAAAGCUAUUUGUUGAUUGCGGAGCAUAUGAAAGCCCCUUUAUUUGGUGAAUCUUCUCUGAAUUAGUAGUAGUUGAAAUUAGACUGAUUAAGGUUACAUCAUAACUGAAAUGAAUGAAGAGCAUUUUGAUCUGAAUUGCCACAAAGCAUGAA